AAACACAUCACUUUGUGCGUGAGCCCUGACUCGGCUAAGCUAGUCGUCUCCUCGCUGAGUGAGCGUCCUUCCCCAGGCGGCCUGGCUGGGCGGUGAAGUUAGCAACCGAAUCUCCAUAAAUACGGUACCAAAAUGUACGCCAAUUUGUACCGAGAGCAUGGUUUCGGAUUAGGAUGAGAGCAAAGCGACGAUUCGUGUCAAAUUCGUCAAUCUCUUGGUGCCACGCCGCUGCCAUUGUUGUUGUACUAAUAGCGAUUGCUUCCUUCGGAUUUGCAAACAGUGAGGAGAAAGGGUUUUGUAUCGGUGAAGAGGGGGAUCUAGCUUCUUGUACGACGCCGAAGAUGGCAUCUCUUGGUGGACUGCAUGAAUCUCAAUCGUCCGGCCACAACAGCGACGAGGUCGACGGCCUCGCCCGAUUCGCUGUCGAACAGCAUAAUAACAAAGAGAAUGCACUCCUAGAAUUUGUGCGGGUGGUGAAGUCACGUCAUCAGGUAGUUUCUGGUACCUUGCACCAUCUAACUAUUGAGGCCAUUGAUGCUGGUAAGAAGAAACUCUAUGAGGCGAAGGUUUGGGUGAAGCCAUGGCUGAACUCCAAAGAAUUGCAAGAAUUCAAUCAUAUUGGUGAUGCUCCUACAUUUACCCCUUCAGAUCUUGGUGUUAAGAAAGAAGGGCAUCCCCAAGGAUGGCGGGCAGUCCCAGCACAUGAUCCUUUAGUGCAGGAUGCUGCACGUCAUGCUGUGAAUACCAUCCAACAAAGGUCCAAUUCAUUGUUGCCUUACGAACUCCAAGAGAUAAGCCACUCACAAGCUGAGGUCACAGACGAGAAUCUAAAGAUUGAUAUGCUUCUCAAACUGAAGAGGGGAGAGAAAGAGGAGAAGUUCAAGGUUGAAGUACACAAGAACAAUGAAGGUACCUUCCGUUUGAAUCAGAUGAAGCCAGAACAUAAUUAACUCGGGAAGUUGCAUACUUUCUUAGUUGGCUCCCUAAACCAUCAAACAUUGAUGUUUUUACUUUCUCGUCCCUAGUAACCGAGAUAUACUGGAUGGCAUAUUAAUCCAUGUGUGCCUGUGUGUGACAUGUUAAUGGAGGUUUGUGCGUGAUUAGUUUUGGGUUGACCCUUGUUAUGAUUACAUCGUAGACUGCUAUAAGCCUAUAACUUGAGAUGGUUUAUUUGGGGAUUCUGGUUCUGGCCUCUGUUAUGGCUUCUUUUUGUU